GUUUGCCGUGAUCACGUUGGGUGCUGUUAGGCCGACGUCGCCACGGUUUCGCGUUUUCCGCGUCGGAAAAUUAUUUUUCCUACCCUCGCUCGGUAGCCAACAUCGUCGUCGUCGUCUUUGUCACACACGCCGGCAACAGACGUGAUAAUAACAUUUUAUCGUUAUAAUCUGCUAUCGUUGUUGUUGUUGUUGUUGUUGUUGUUACCGUGAACAAUAUUAUUGUUACAUGUAGGCGACGGGGACGAGAUUAUUAGAACGAUUUUACAUUUCCCCCUCCCCACGUUUUUUCUCGACCGAAAAAUUAUCACCUAUAUUUUAACGCCCGAAGUGGACGUCAUGCAUGCGAUAAAUUAUGUGCCCUGUUGUGAUGUGUGACUUUUCGUGUGUUUCCACUGCAGGGGCGAACAAGCGGCGAGUGGGUGGGCAACAGAGUUCGAUGCGUUGGCCACCGUCACGGUAACAACGGUCGACAGACACGCCAUGCCGGCCACGGGCACAGCCGCGCUGGUGGCCACGGCGCUGGUGCUGCUGCAGUGCGCGGCCACCGGUUGUGACGGACAGAGUGCGGCCAUACGGCACGGCCGGUCGCGGAACGCCAGGAACCUGCGGCCGAACGUACAGCCGCCGGUCAAGCCGCAGCAGACGGCCGCGGCCACCGCCAGCGAGCUGGACAACGACAUCGUCAACCGACUGCUGCGGAUCGUCGAGUCGCAACAACAGUUGGGCGACAACUGUACUGCCGGCACCCACCUCAACCUCGGCGAGGGUGUCGUUGACCGGUACGCUCAGGAACGGUUUCGUGUGGAAGCCGACGUGGCCGUCAACAGAGCCAACAUGUUGACAAGGCUUUGGAAGUACGCCGGUCCCGAAGUCAUGGACUCGGAAUAUCUGCUGCAUGCCGGCGUGAUUUCCAUGGUGGAGUUCGACGAUGACAUAUUCGCGGCGGGAAAUUGUUACGAUCAACACCAGUACAAGCACUACCAGCUGUUCUGCCCAUACGCGUACCGGCUGCCCAAGGGCGAGGGCAUACUGGCCAAGGACUUGGCCGUCGAGUACAAGUACUUGACCAACACAAGUGAAUGGUUUUUCAUCGCCCGGAAGACUGCUGAAUCGGUCAUAAAACGCAACAAUCAGUAUAAACAUGCGAUCAACACAUAUACUUGGAAUCAAACAAGUCAUACAAAAAGUUUUCCCGACGACAUCCUAGCUGUGUCGUAUGAAGAUGGCAAGUGGAGCAAACCAUAUUAUGAUUGUGGUGGUGGAAAUAUAUGGAUGCUUACAUAUACCGUACCAUUUUUUGCUUUCAAGGACGCUAAGUAUUUUUUCAAGGGGACCAGCGGAAUCGAUAUCGACUUAAGGAGAGUGGAUAUCGACCAAUGUAAUUUACCCGAAGGCAGUACCAAGCUGAACAUUUUUGCCUCUUCAAAUAAAUGUAAAAUAGACACAACUCAAUGUGUCUCUUUGGCUGGAUUUGGCUUUCGUCGUGGAAGUUACAAGUGUGUGUGCCGUAAAGGAUAUUAUUUUCCAAAUAUCACAAGCACCGAAAAGUCGUUCAAUGGCAUCGUAGUAGAAGAAGAGUACGAAAAGCUUAUGUUGGGAAAACCAAAUACGUAUAACAUCGAAAUAAACUUUCAAUGUAAAAAAUGUGCUGAAGGUUGUGAUGAUUGCGUAGAUUUCAGUCCAUGCAUCGCCACCUACGACAUUAUACUUCGAAUCACAAUACUAUUAUUAACGCUCCUGGUGAUCGGAUUUCUACCAAUGGUAGCUAUAUUUACGUUCAAAUAUAGUGAUCUCAAGAUUGUAAAAGCCGCUAGUCCAGUGUUGUUACAGAUAAUAAUCUUGGGAGCUUUUUUUAUGUAUACAACGAUCAUCGUCAUGUACCCAACACCAAAUCUAGUAACGUGCACUGCACGAUUUUGGCUGAGGGAAAUUGGAUUUUCCCUCACAUACGGCGCACUCAUGUUGAAAACUUGGAGAGUAUCUCAAGUGUUCAAAGUGAACUCAGCGAAGACCGUUCGCAUCACUGACAAGCAGCUAAUUAAACUUCUGCUUCUAAUGAUCGCAUUUGUCACCGUGAUACUGUUCAUCAGGACCAUGGUGUCUCCACCACACACGAUUGUCGGUCGCACAGCUGACAACCUUAAAACAGAUAUUUGUCCCACAGAUUGGUGGGAUCACUCAUUUUCUAUUCUGGAAGUUUUGUUCUUAAUUUGGGGUAUCCGGUUGUGUGUAAUGGUUCGAAAAACGCCGUCUGCUUUCAAUGAAAGUCGGUUUAUUUCUAUAGCCAUAUAUAAUGAGUUUAUCAUGUCCGUAUUUCUCAAUGUUUCCAUGAUAUUUUUAAAAUACCCAGCUAAUCCAGAUUUACAAUACGUCAUAUUUUUUUGUCACGCUCAACUUACGGCAACCGUAUUACUGGGACUUUUAUUUGGCAGUAAGGCUUUGAUUAUAUACAAAGGCGAACACAAGGUGGAAGAGACGUCUUCUCAUAAAAUAACUGCACAAAAGCUGAAGUUCAAUAGUAAACAAAAACAUUCUGAUCCGUCGUAUGAAAGUAUAAGUGACAACAAAGAAAGCGCAGAACUCCAGGAAAUUCGAAUCUUAAGAACCACCAUAGAAAACCUUAUAGAAGAGUUUCUCAAGUGUGGACCAGCAUAUUCUGACUAUGUAUUAAAACUACAGGCUAUGUUGGAAGUGAUGAAGAACUCUAAGCUGGGUGAAAGUGAAGAAUUACAGCAGAAAUUGGCAUUGAGCAAUGGCUGCGUUAUCAAAGUGGACACUAAUAAAGAUGAUUCAUGUUCAAAAAAAAAAUAGGUUACAUUUUAAAUUUAUUGAGAUGGUAAUUAUUUUAACUAUGUUAUUGAAGUUAAUAGUGGCUCAAUACACCGGAUAGUAAUUUUCCGACUUUGUAUCUGUGAAGUAUUUUCAUUUUGUGAUCUUAAGUUUUUAUUUUUUAUUUAAGCAGCAUUCGAUUUCACUGGUUAGUUAUUUCAUAUUUUAAUAUUUAUUAAAUAUUUGAAGUCUUAGUGACGAUAAUUGACCUGCAGGUAGCAAUAAGGAUAAUAUUAUGUGAACAAUUCACGUAUAUGAAGAUAUAUAUUUAUUUUUUGUGACCAGGUGUAUAAUAUAAAAAAAUACUUGAAAUAUCAGAUUAAAGUUUAGUCAUAUCACAUUACAUACUAUAAUAUACUCUGUUCAGCGAGAGAACGCACUGCAUCUACACAAACCCCAACGUCACCCUGCCAUCGAAACCGGUUUCCCUAUGACAGGGUUCGCGAAGGGGAUGCGUAGAAGAACCGAUUUAAGUCGGCCCGUGGUGUGUUCUCUAGUAUUGAAUUUUAGUUAGAUACCUACCUAUUUAAUGCAAUAAAUGAUAGUACGGUGAAAAUCAUUCUAUAAAAACAAUUUAUUCGAUAAUUAAAAUACGCCUAGUAUUAUUAUAGCGUUGUUUUGUUUCUAAUUAGGAAAUUUGUGUUAUUUUAAUGUUAUAUAUUAUUGUAAUUAGUUAAAAAAAACACUACUUAUGUCUAGUACCUAUUUAUACUUUUUUAUAAUAAUAACUAUUGUUCUUCGUUAUUUAACUAAUUUACAGUUAUACGUUUGUUUAUUUGACUUAUAUUAAUAUGAAAUAAAUAUGUAUACUUUCCUUCUAAAAUAUAAACUUUAAAAAAUGACAAUA